GUAAGGAGAGCAGUUUGGGAGAGGCUGACUUGCAGGCGAGCUCUGACCCUUCGGGAAUGGACAGCAGCUACCUCAGCGUGAAGGAGGCUGGAGUGAAAGUGCCCCAGGACAGGGCCAGCACGGACCUCCCCAGUCCCAUGGACAAGGCCGACUCAGAGAGCAACAAGGGCAAAAAGCGGAGGAACCGCACCACCUUCACUAGUUACCAGCUGGAGGAGCUGGAGAAGGUCUUCCAGAAGACUCACUACCCAGACGUCUAUGCAAGGGAGCAGCUAGCCAUGAGGACAGACCUCACCGAGGCUCGUGUACAGGUGUGGUUUCAGAACCGGCGAGCGAAAUGGCGCAAGCGAAAGAUGCAGCAGGUCCGGACCCACUUCUCCACCGCCUACGAGCUGCCCCUGCUCACCCGUGCUGAGAACUAUGCCCAG